GUGGCCACUUUGCGACUGGAACAAGAGACAGAUGAUCAGAAGCAGGACGCUGCGGCUGGUACGACGCAGAAGAAGUAAGAAGAGUUGAGCGGCAGAAGGGAUGCAAGGCCAGACAGCCCUGUUCACUCCGAGCGAACGCCUGAUCCGUGCGAAUCAGCAGCUACCCGUCUCCGACAUGCAGCGACAAAGGAAUGGUGGACGAUAUCGGCGUGAAUCGAUCCAAAGUUGGGUGACAGAUGGGUCAGACGAAGCCUUUGAAGCCGCCUUUACGUCUUCCCGUCGUUCGCAGGAGAUUGCAGGCUGCUCCGUCGCCGGAUCCCGAGCCUUGGUGCGUGGCUGCUGCGCGUUCCCGACACCAAUACCGUGGCAAGGCGGACGGCAAUUCGACGAAAACGGCCGAUCGUGCUACCGUGUCUACCCUCAUCGUCAGCCAGGCUCAUCAGGACCCAUUGCAUUUCGGCUGUCUCGUCGACGUGACAAAUGGAUUAACGGCAAUGUCACAGAUGGCAAACGGAUUCAUCUCGUAUUCCAAACAAGACGCUCAAUCCACUGGCACAGAGGUGUGUCGGGAGGAGGGCCAAGGCGAUUGCCAGGUUUCAGAAGACGAGAUCUCGCGCAAGGGAGUGGUGCUCAAAGGCUGGAGGUGUUGCACCGUGACGCGCCCGACGGCGAUGAUGCUCCGUCCGGGUGAGCGUGGCUGUUAGGCAGUCGCGUGAGCCGCACAGCGCCCGUUUGUCGUGCAGAUUUUGAGGUGCGUCAGGUAGAUCCAACCAGGUCGGUGGGGUAGAGAGUGGGUGUGUGAUACUAGCCAGGGCGCCGGGGCGUAUGAUCUGAGUCAAAAAAGUUGGAGCUGUCUCAGACUUGUCUCGAAACAAGCCCCUCCUCAAAGGGCGCGGCGCGAGCUCUAAAAGAUGCGGCGGGCGAUCAGCUUUCGACACGCCAGACAAACAGCAGGCUCAGAGCCGGGCAGCGCGCGGAUGAAGUAUUGCAAAAGAAUGCGGCGAGAGACCUCCU